CCCCCCCUCUUUCUAGUUUCUUUGCACUUGCACUUGCACUUGCGUUUCUUCCUAGGCGGGAAUACGAUUAUUCUCUAGAGUAUAGAGGAGAGAACGAGUGUUUCGUGAAUUUUUAGAUUGCAUAGAUUGCGCAUUCAUAUACUUUGUCUUUCUGCUAUCUUGUUGGGCAGCAUGUCGGAUCCGAAGUACGCUCAGUCGAAGUUGCUGUCUACGGGGCCUUUGGACCCCCAGGAAGCUGUGUGGACUAGACUGGUCAUGACGACUUAUACCGAUCCCAAUGGUGUGGAGAGGACGUGGGAGUCUGCAGAGCGCAAGACACGCCCCCCAAACUGUGAGAUCGACGGUGUGGGAAUCGUAACAAUCCUUAAUAAGGAGAGCGGACCCGAACUUCUCCUACAGAAGCAAUACCGCCCGCCAAUUGACAAGGUGGUCAUUGAGGUCCCGGCCGGUCUGAUUGAUCCCAAUGAGACCGUGGAGGAGUGCGCUGUGCGCGAGCUCAAGGAGGAAACGGGUUACGUCGGUGUGGCGGAGGAGACCAGCAGUGUCAUGUACAACGACCCUGGGUUCUGUAACACCAACCUCAACAUGGUGCAUGUCCGAGUGGACAUGUCCCUGCCUGAGAACCAGAACCCGAAGCCGGAGCUCGAAGAUAACGAGUUCAUCGAGUGCUUCACUGUGCCUUUGGCUUCAUUGUUUGAGGAAAUGAAGAAACUCGAGAAGGAAGGAUACGCCAUCGAUGCUCGCGUGGGCACGAUAGCGGAGGGAAUCCAACUCGCGAAGAGAUUCAAGCUUUGA